AUGGAGGACGAGAAAUCCGCCAAAGUCAAGAAGAAGGGUGCCGCUCACCGGAAGUCUCUCUCUUGCGAAUACUGCAGUCGAUCCUUUGCCCGCUUGGAGCAUCUCCAACGCCAUCUCCGCACCCAUACCAAGGAGAAACCUUUCUCAUGUGAGAUCUGCUCCAAGUCUUUUGCCCGGAGUGACCUCCUGGUGCGACAUGAACGAUUGGUCCACCCGGCUGAGAGUGCAGCCAGUCGAGAACAUCGGACACACAAUGGCAUCAAUAAUAACCAAAACGAUAUUCAAAUCCAGUCGACCAUAAGUCAACCCGCCCACCAUGAGUCGCGCAUGCUAGAGCUCGCCGACGCCAUCCCGGUCCAUACCCAAGUGCCUCCUCCACCUCCCGAGGUCCAGAUCCAGCCUCCCCCGAUAGUCGAGACACCGCAUUUCAAUCCCUCCUGGGGCUAUGACUUGAAUCUCUUGUCGCACGCUGCGAGUCAUGUCGCUCUGGAAGGACAGCAGGAGAGUUUGGAGUCGCUUCGAAAGCCAUCGCAUUCGGUCGGCACGCCGUCCCAAUCCAUCUCACAAGCUCCAGAGAGAGCAAUAACGGACAAUUACGGGGUAGAGCCGUCUUUCCUUGAUUUGACGGACCUGGGUGACCCCGUUCAAGACUUCACCGUCUUUCUGGAAAGUGUCGGUCUCUCGUCCGACUGGGACUCCGGGGUUUUCUCGUCGGUUGAGGACCCCAUGUUGCCUCCAAAUCUCUCCAUGGAUUCGAAACAACAAGUUCGAGAGCAAACUGCAGCGACAAGACUGGGUGGGGACUUGAUGAGCGAUUCACGAGUCCAGGCAGAAGAUCCGCCGUCCUUCUCCAACUUCGGAUCCAGAUUACCGUCCUUACAACCCGACUCUCACGAGAUGGAGGAUCGAAUUGGCCUUUCCGAUGAGGGCUCACGGCCCGCGUGGGAUAUCACCAAUUCUGAUCGCCAAGUAUUCAUGUCAAAGCUCGAGGAUUUCUCCGCUGUUCUUCCCAAGGGAUUUAUCCCGCCGUCACGGCAUGCUCUGUCCCGCUUCUUUGCUGGAUAUAUCAACGGGUUGAAUGAACAUCUUCCCUUUGUGCACGUUCCUACACUGUCUAUUGCCAAGUGCUCUCCAGAACUCACUCUGGCAACGGCAGCCGCGGGAUCACACUACCGCUUUGAAAAUGGUCGAGGAAUCGACCUUUUCCAUGCGGCAAAAGCAAUUCUAUUAGAACGCCUACGUCGACGAGAUAGCAGACAGGUCCCUCAUCCAACAUGGAACUAUAUUUCCCCUCCCUCGAAUUUCCCCAACUCCCGCGGUUCAUCCAUGAUCUCGAACACCGCGAGCAGUCCUUUUCAAAACCAACACCUCCCUAACCCACCUAUCAAUGCGUCGAUCUAUACAUCGGACGAUUCUGAUGCCCAUAUGGAGGUGAUUCGGACCUUUUUACUGUUGACAGUGUUUGCUUCCUGGGAGAGACACCCAGAACUGCUUCGAGAGAUCCUUUCCCUCCAAAGUACGUUAGCAAGGCUUGUGCGGGAACAUGGCCUGGCAGAGCCACCUCCUACCCCUGAACCUAUCGGCUGGGAAGAAUGGGUACGAAGAGAAGGAAACAGACGAACGAAACUCAUCGUCUAUUGUUUCUUCAAUCUCCACUCGAUCAUGUACAACAUCCCUCCUCUCAUUCUAAAUGGGGAGCUGAAAUUGAACAUGCCCUGUUCGCACGACCUUUGGAAGGCGACCAACGCCGCCCAGUGGCGGCGAGUACUCCGCACCCGGCAAGGCUCGGACGUUCCGUUCCAAGAUGCAUUUGCCCGGCUUUUCCUGAAAUCAUCUACUUCGCUCCCAUCGGCUCCCAUCUCUCCCCUUGGCAACUACAUCCUCAUUCAUGCUAUCAUUCAGCAAAUCUUCUUUGCCCGUCAACUCUGUCUGUCGGCUCCGAACAUGCAUGGCACCAGUCUAAGGCAAGAAGAUCUCAAUGUGUUGGAUAACUCAUUGGGUGCAUGGAAAGCAUUGUGGAAACGCACGCCCGAGUCCAGCAUCGACCCUCAGAACCCAGCAGGCCCGAUCGCUUUUACAUCGACUGCGCUCCUGGGCCUUGCCUACAUCCGACUGCAUGUUGACCUAGGCCCCUGUCGACAUCUGAUCACUCAAGACCCGGUCCAGAUUGCGGGAGCCCUGAUCGAGUCACCACCUAUUGUCCGAAGCCCGCGGCUGAUUAUGGCGCUACUACACUCAGCUCAUGCUUUGUCCAUCCCUGUUCGACUGGGUAUUGAUUUCGUGGCGAGGACACAUUCAUUCUUCUGGAGUAUUCAGCACUCACUGUGCAGUCUGGAAUGCGCUUUUCUCCUCAGCAGGUGGCUACUCGCCAUCCCAGCUACACAACCAGAGCAGAGGCUGUCAGAACAUGAGCGGAAAUUACUUCUGUGGAUCAAGAGCAUGAUGGAUGAAACCGAAAUGGCUGUUGAUCCGCCAGGAGCUCCCGACACGGAGUUCAUGGCAAACCCGUACAAGGUGCGCCAGCUAAGUGUUGCCAUCGUUCGAGUCUGGGCCCGGACGUUCAAGGGCAACACAAGCUGGGCGAUUGUGGAUCUGGUCGGCUCGAGCUUGGAUACCUAUGCCGAUCUCUUGGAGACUACAACAGGCUUUCCAUGA